UUCACUUUUCUGCUCCGCCACUUCCUGUGCAAAUACAACAAAACGUUUAUGCUAGCCAUGCUGUGACAAGAGCGAGUCACACGUUUAGGUUAUUUAGUUCGUCUUUUAUUUCACUAAAAGCUGAUUCUCGAUCCUGAUAUAUGUGGCGGAACGUCGCCAUGUUGUGACGGGACGGACGGACGUUUUGUUUUCACUCGCAUCCAUGGUGUCCCUCAUGGAGGCGUCCGCCAAGGCUGGCAGCAACCAGGUGUCUGAUGUGGUCUUUGUUAUUGAAGGCACUGCCAACCUGGGUCCCUACUUUGAGUCCCUCCGGAAGAAUUACAUACUUCCAGCCAUUGAGUUUUUCAACGCAGGCCCGCCUGCGGAAACAGACUUUGGAGGCGACUACGGGGGAACUCAGUAUGGCCUGGUGGUGUUCAACACAGUGGACUGCGCCCCCGAGUCAUACGUCCAGUGUCACGCACCCACUAGCUCGGCCUUCGAGUUUGUCUCCUGGAUCGACAGCAUCCAAUUCAUGGGGGGAGGAGCGGAGAGUUGCAGCCUGAUUGCGGAGGGCCUCUCUGUGGCCUUGCAGCUCUUUGACGACUUCAAGAAGAUGCGGGAACAAAUAGGUCAGACGCACAAAGUGUGUGUGCUGCUGUGUAACUCCCCGCCGUACUUGCUUCCUGCCGUGGAGAGCGUCAGCUACACUGGCUGCACUGCCGACAACCUGGUUAAAAUCAUCCGAGAUAGAGGAAUCCACUUCUCGGUGGUGGCCCCGAGGAAGCUGCCUGCGCUGCGAGCUCUGUUUGAGCGGGCCUCUCCGGUGGGAGGCGUUGUAGAGCCCCACCCGGACUACAGUCAAGACAUGGUGUUGGUCAGGGGCAUUUCACUUCCUGUGUCGUCAGCUGGGGGUCCCGGGCCAUUGAAGCCAGUCCUGCCGCCUCAGCUGCCGACUGUCAAUCAGCCUCUGGUCGGUGGUCCGCCGGCGCCUCCCAGCAUGAGUACGGCGCAUCCUUAUCAGAAUCCACCCACCAUGACUGCUGCUCAGGUGGCUGCACAGAUGGUUGUGGAGGCAGCCAAAGGCCAGAAGAACCGAUUCUCGGGGUUGGUCAAUGCAGGCCCGCCGUUCGCCGGCCAGCCGUCCAUGCCGUCGCUGUCGGGGGUGAAGCUCAACCAGCCCAACAUUGCCACCGUCACCACAGCUUCUCAGUCCAUGAUGCCGCAGCAGCCGGGCCCUCCCAACCCGCCACAGCAAGCGGUGCCGCCGUCUGGCCAGCCGCCGCCCGGUCAGCAGCCUCAGCUGGCCACUCAUCAGCAGCAGGCGGUGCCCAGCCAGCCCGCACCGCCUACGACACAGCCCAAUAUGGCACCACAAGUGAACCCCAAUCCUAUGGUGCAGCAGCAGGGCAUGGCCAACAAGAUUGUGGCGUGGAGCGGCGUGCUGGAGUGGCAGGAGAAACCCAAAGCCUCCUCCAUGGAUUCUGCCACCAAUCUGACGCGCUCCCUGCCGUGUCAAGUGCAAGUCAACCAGGGGGAGAACCUCAACACGGACCAGUGGCCGCAGAAGCUCAUAAUGCAGCUGAUCCCGCAGCAGCUUUUGACGACGUUAGGUCCCCUGUUCAGAAACUCUCGAAUGGUUCAGUUUCUCUUCACCAACAAGGACAUGGAAUCGCUCAAAGGCCUCUACCGCAUUAUGGCCAACGGUUUUGCCGGCUGCGUCCACUUCCCACACACGACGUCGCCAUGCGAGGUGCGCGUGCUCAUGCUGCUCUACUCAUCCAAGAAGCGCAUCUUCAUGGGCCUCAUCCCCAAUGACCAGAGCGGCUUCGUCAACGGUAUCCGGCAGGUCAUAACCAACCACAAGCAGAUCCAGAGUCACCGCGCGUUGGGUGGUGGCGGAGGUCAGAUGCAGCCCGGUCAAGUCCCUCCCAACCAGAACUUCCUCACCCGCCCCCCCGGCCCCAUCCCCGUUUCCCACGGCAAUGUGCAGCAGCAGUCGGUGGUGGUGGGCAUGCCCCCCGUUAGUCAGGUCACUAUGAUGGAGGAGCAGCAGAGGCAGAACAACAUGAUGAGUAUGAGAGCCGCCGGGCCCAACAGCCAGCAGCCGCCCGUCAGCGGGGCGCCGCCCAAUCAGGUGACGCAGGGCGGCCAGGCCCCGCCCCAGGGCUCCAUCCUGCGUCUGGCCAACCCAGGGGCCAAUCCGCAACUGCGCAGCCUCCUCCUCAGCCAGCAGCAGCCACAGGGGGGCGUGUCCCACAUGCCCGGGAUGAUGUCACACCAGGGACUCAGCCAGCAGAUGGUCCACUCGGCGCCAGCAGGGGGCACGCAAAUGCAGGCGCAGUGGAGACAGCCCAUGCCAGGUCAGAUGCUGAUAUCCGGUGCUCAGCGGGGGGCUGUACCCCAACCCGGAAUGCCCCAAGUCUCCAGCGUCAUGGAGGACGAAAUCCUCAUGGACCUUAUUUAAGGGAAUUUUGGGAGUGGGUCGGAUCCUGGACUUACUUUGUCUCUUUUUGGACUCUUUUGUAUUUUUUUAUUGUAUUUUUUUGGGGGGGGGGCAGGACUGAGUAUGUGUGAAGCUAAUGUUGGUUUGGUUUGAUCACACACACACAUGCACACAGGAAGUAGUAGUGAUGCUUCAGUAAUUAUGGCUAGGUGUUUAAUUACUAAUUUCAUAAAAUAAACGCAGUAUGUUGGA